AUGGAGAGGCCGAGCUUCCCAGAUCAGGAAGGGUGCGACACUGAGCGCACGUAGCGCGCUUCCUUCUUCGCUGUCAGACGGAAUGAGCCGUGAAUAAGUUCGGUUGAUGUUUUGGAUGGACACAAUAGGAAUACUUCCUUUCAUCAUGGGGCUGAACAGGGGAUUUGGCGUCAGGAAAACUUUAUGCAUUCUUGUUUUAGGAAAUAUUGCAGCUGUACUUGCACUCUCUGGCCAAAGUCUUGACUGCACCAACGACUUUGAGGAUUUUAUGUUUUGCCACUUUGGAGGGGAAAACUGCACUGAAUACAAUAUGACCCUGUCCAAUGGCGACUCAAGAUGGGAUACGGAUUGCAUGUUCAAGCAGUGCGACAGUGGAACAUGUUGUUGCUCUGUGGGGAUGUUUUUAAUGGCAUUGGAUAGUUAUACAGCAAAAGUUUGGAAAGAAGGCAAAAUAAUGGAGUCCAAAACCAUCAGUGUCGGAGGCAGUAUAAAGCCAAAAACUCCAACAAUCGUUUCAGUCGAUGAAAGCAACGGCAACUUUGAAGUUGUGUGGUUGACCAACACGCAGGAAAUGAUAACUAGGAGCCUUACUGCUGAAGUGACUUACCGUGAGAAAGGAGACACAUCAAAGGUGUCUCAAAUGCUCAACCAAAGUAUAGGUAAUGGAAAGAACUACUAUUUAUUACAAGACUUAAAGCCAAGCACAACAUACCUGGUCAGCAUGAGAACCCACACCCACUAUAGUAAGAAGUACAGUGACAGUAGUGAAGAGUGGGAAUUCACAACCUCUAUGUCGUCCAAUGCCCUGUUCUUGGCUAUCGUCAUCAGCCUCAGUGUAGCUGCAGUCUUCCUCACUGGAGCUAUAUAUGGCUGUUAUGUAAAGUUCAGAACAAAGUGGUGGGACCCAGUUGCGAAGUGUCCAUAUCCAAAACCACUUGAUGUGCAUGCAAGUGAGCACAAGGUCUUGAAGUCUGGGCCUCCCAUCAUCUCCCCAAUCAGUAUUGAGCCUCUGUUAGAUGAUGGCAAACAGUGGUACGAUGAUUCACUGAAGGACUCGAGCAGUGGGAGCCUUCAGCAAAGCAGCGGAAUCAGCACCGGCUCCUCUUGUCCCAGCUACACUAACGCAGAACCAGCCAACAUUAUAGCAGAAGUUCAGGUAGCUGUCAGUAAAGCCAUUGCCAGCAUGAUGCCUACAUCACAUAACAUGGAUGAAAUGGAUAUAGACAUAAGCUCAGGAUCUGUUGGACUUCUCAAUAAAACAUACUCCAUCCUCCUUCCCAACCAACCCGCUCAGAUUAUGACAAACAUUUCUGAGGACCAGACGCUGCAUAAAAUGCUCUGUGACUCUGCCUACCAUCCUAGUGAGGGUGUCACUGUGAUCACUACCUACCAACAGACACCAGCAUGUCCACUCACCUCUUUACCAGCAGAGGUCUCAUCUUCCAUGCCCACAGACAUGUCCUAUCAGCCAUGCAACCAAGAUUCUGGGAGAUUUUCAUUAGCAGAAGAUUCAAGCGUGUCAUCCAUCUCUAGUCGCACCAACACAACUGUGCCAUGUGAUCUUGUGCUUAAAGUUGAGGCUGCACGUGAGAGCUUAGAAAGUGGAAACACAGAGAAGGUGGCUGUAUAUGAUGACACUCCAUGCUUCAGCACCAUGCCUGCAGGCUCACACAGAUUUCCUGCAGUGGAUUUUGACUAUCAGCCGUUUCAGAGUGGAGCAGUGGAGCAGCUGGGUAUGUCACCUUCAGAGAAGAAGAGUGAGGAGAAAGAGGAGCAUUUGGGUAAAUAUCUUGAAGAUCUGUUAAUCGAGGUGCCUCAAACACUCUUCAACCAAGUUGUUCCAUGUCCCAUUAACAAUGGUCAGCGUCUCUCUGAGCUCCCGAGACCUUUUCUCGCUCUGAUUUCUGCCAACAAGUCUGUGCCAGUAAUCACUGACAGCGGCUAUCAGUGUGUGUAGACUACUUUUUUUUUGCUCUAUUUUAUAUUUCAUUUUUGUUACUUUUAAUUCAAAAAUAUGUCGAGUAAUGUUUGAUAUGGAAAGAAGGGAGAGGAUGACACUGUGAAUGUUGGUCAUAUUUUUUAACAUGACUCAAGUUUCCUCUGCAUUUAACUUAAUGAUGAUGAGAAAAGUUUGCACUAUUGUCAUGGAAAUGUAAAACAUUUUGGGCAUGUAAGUAUUUGUUGUGUGUGAUUUUAUUUGGGUUUUUUUUAAGUUGUUGUAGAUAUUUGUUUGCCUCAGUGACUCAAAAAUGACAUUAAAAUACUUCCAAGUCU